UUUAUUCAUGUUUGUUUUUGAUGGGUAUGUUAGUCAAGAUCCACUCUUCUAAUGUUAAUAUACGAGCGGAUAUCGAUCCUACUUCUAAUUACAGCCAAUGUUCUGUACAGCCUAGCCUGUUUCAGUCAUUCGUGGUUCCAAUUACCUGAUGUGUCCUAUGGUUUGUGGGUAGCAAGAUACUGCGAUUACCUGUCGUGCCAAAUUAUUCCAGCAUUCUUUACGGAGGAACCAGUAUGGUACCACGUUCUUCAAGCUUUGGGUCUUUUUGGUUGGUCUGGGAUGGUAGGUUCAUUGAUUCUUCUUACCUCUAAGAAGUUUGAUACCAGCAUCCCAAAAUCAUGGAAAUACCAUAAACAGCUGACUGUGUCUGCACUUUGUAUUAUAUCAGUGUUUGUUAUAUCCCUGUGUUUGGUAAUGUUUUAUGGUAAGCUGGACGAAUCCCAUACGUCUGUCAGCCCAAAGAUCCAGUGGUCAGCUUUCUUAGCAGCUGCAGCGUGCAUUCUACAGUUUUGUGCAGGCCUCUUACUCACUCAAGUGUAACAUAAAAUAAAAAUGAAAGUAAAAACCAAAAACAUUUUUAUGUUCUAGGUGAAUUGAUAGUAUUUGUGUUCUUCCUAAAAUGAAAGGGUGUAAAUAAAUCCCCAUGUCUCUCUACAUCUGUAUA